AUGACGGUCUCGGAAACUGCGAAUGGCGACCCGGUCAAGCCGACGGGGAUCAAGGUGGUUGUGGUCGGUGCUGGAUUUGGCGGGUUAACUGCUGCAAUCGAGUGUCACCGCCAAGGACACGGUGUGGAAAUAUAUGAAUCAUUUCCAGGUGACUACCACGGACGAUCCCUGGGAGAUAUCAUCUCAUUUGGUCCCAACGCGGGUCGAAUCUUUCGUCGCUGGUCCGACGGUGAUGUUGCAGAACGCCUAAGACCUCUUAGCAUCAAUUUGGAACACCACGGCUUCAAAAUCCAUAAAUGGACGGGUGAGCUCGUUCAUACACAGCUACCUCAUAAGUACGAUCCGACUGCGCCUGUCUUCAACGGCCAUCGAGGCGAACUGCACACCAUUGUCUUCAACUAUGCCAAGGAUGAGUUGGGCAUUCCGAUUCAUCUUGGCCAGAGAGUCACUGAGUAUUUUGAGGACGAGAAUCAGGCAGGGAUUGUGCUUGAAAGCGGCCAGAAAUGGGUGGUGCUGACAUCUCUUCAGAUCACCGCGGAUCUAGUCGUCGGUGCAGACGGUGUCCGCUCCAAGGCCCGAGAACUAGUUUUAGGCUAUUAUGACAAGCCCAAAUCCAGUGGAUAUGCUGUAUUCCGAGCAUGGUUCUCCAACAAGGAUAUGAUCCGCGACCCACGCACGAAGCAUUUCUGCGAGAAUGGCGAUACCUUCAACGGCUGGAUCGGACCCGAUGUACACUUUCUGUUCUCCACCGUAAAGAACGGUCAGGACUGUUGCUGGGUCUUGACGCACAAGGACGAAGCCGACAUCGAAGAAUCAUGGUCCUUUCCCGGAAACCUCGAAGAUGUAUACAAAGUAAUCGAAGGCUGGGACCCAAUCUGCAAAGCAAUCGUGGAAAAGACCCCCUCAAUCGUCGACUGGAAACUCGUAUACCGAGACCCCCUUCCUCGGUGGGUAAGCGACCACGGCCGAAUCGCGCUCCUCGGCGAUGCUGCGCACCCUUUCCUUCCCACGUCUGCCCAGGGGGCGACGCAGGCGAUGGAGGAUGGAGUCGUGCUGGGUGUUUGUCUGAAACGAGGCGGCAAGGCUAAUGUGCCAGCCUCCGUGCGGGCUUAUCAAGAUAUUCGAUAUGAGCGUGUGAGAGCGGUUCAGAAGACGGGUGAGACUACGAGGGAUAUGUGGCAUAAGGCGGAUUGGGAUAAGGUUGCCAAGGAUCCUGAGUCUAUUCAGCUUCCGAGGGAGGAUUGGAUCUUUCGAUUUGAUGCAGAGAAGAAUGCGGAGGAGAGAUUUGGGAAAUUGGUUGAGGUGAAUUAG